AAAGAUUGUGUUGUACUGAACCAUGGCAACAUUCUGUUGUUGGAUACAAGAUGAGUAACAAACUCUUGACUAAGUAACUUGUAAAGAUGGACACAGAUACGUCUCCAAAUCAAGCUCAGGACAAAACUAAAGUGGAAAAUCCAGAAGACAAAAAUGAGCGCCUCUCCAUUAAAGUGGAUUACUUGGAGAGCAGAGCUGCUCACCUGUCCACCUCCAACACAGAUCUGUCCAACAGGUUUGUCCAAAGUGAAGAGGAGAAGCUUAAGCUAUCAAAGGAGCUUGUGGAGGAGAAGCUUCAAGUGAACAAGAUGAGAGCUCAGUUUGAGGAGGAGACAUUGGAACUAAAAAACAAGAUAUUGAACCAAAAAGGUGAGAUAACAGAACUCGAAACCGAGCGAGACAAAUUGAUCGCAAAGAUCCAAACAGCAGAGGGUCAUUCAAAAGUCAUCAGAGAAAGCAGCGAAGAGUGCGCUUCGCUCAAAAAGAACUACCUGGCUCUGGCUGAGGCCCACCACAAAGAGCUGGCCCAGAGCAAGGAGCUGAGCGCAGAGCUGCUGACUUUGGCCCAAGCCCAGGAUACCCUGCGCAGCCAGCUGGCCAAGCAGCACCAGAGGGCUGAGGAGACCACGCAAGGCCUUCAUGGGGAGCUGGACCGAGUCAGGGGCCUCAUCAGCCGCAUGUUGCAUAACCGAGUCAAGCCAGAAGAGCUUGCUGCUUUGAACAGGGAGCAAAAAAACAUGGAAAAAACACUUUUGGGAAACCAGAAUGAAAUUAAGGACAUGAUGGAGGACAUGAAGCGCAGCUAUGAAGAAGAGCAGAGGAAACUCAAGGAGAAGAUUGAGUCGAUUGGAAAAGAGCCGCAAAAACCAUCUGAGCAGAGUCUGAGCCAGUUGAAGAAGGCUGAAGAGGACAACGCAAGGCUGCAGCUGCAAGUCAAAGAGCUUAAUGAGCAAUACCGUGCAAGACUUGUGUGUUAUUUAAGGGACAUAACUGAGUAUAUCGAUGGCCUUGGAGGAAACAAAGUGCUAUCAGAGGGGAACAAGUUGAAGGUGUUUGUGGACAACAUGUUAAGGGACGUCCGCUCAUCCUACAGAGCUCGCGAGGAACAGCUCGCUAGCGCCGCUCGAGAUUACAAAAAGAAUCUUCAGAGGAUUACCAAGACCUAUCAUGUCCUAAUGAAAGCAUACAGGACUCAGAGAGAGCAGAUUUUGUCCAAACCAGAAAACAGUCUGGACCCUGGACCUCCAGAAGCGUAUUUCAUCGUGGAGCCCACUGAGCUGAGAGAGGAAUCCGAGAAGGUUCUCCAGCAGCUUGAGCAAGACAAGUCUAAACUGGAGAGUCAGUGGCAGGUGGCUCGAAACCAGGUGGCAGUCCUUAAAACUCUUUCUGGCUCUUCAAGCUGCCAGGAGAUGCCAAAACUAGAGAAGAUAUUCGAAGAAUCCUGGUUGGUCAUCAGGGAACAGCUGAAGGAGAUAACCGACUCCACGCUGGAGAGCUAUGAGAGAGAGCAGAAACUUCUCAUCACCAAAGCAAACGUUGCUGAAGCACAGGUGUCACAGCUGCAGGACUACAUUGACAACCAUCUGGACAGGUAUAAACAAGAGAUUGCAGAUCUCAGUCUUCUGCAUGGGAAGGAGGAGGCAUCACGGACACACAGCACUCACUAAGUCACUUAUCAUUAUUGUUAUCUCAUUAUUUCAUUCUGUAAAUGACACAAUUAAGAUACCCAUUCCACACUUCAUUCAUGAGAUCACUAGGUGGUGUGUUGUCCCCCUUUUCCCCUGCGGUGACAUUCCCAAAGAAAUCCGGCCUUGAGAAAAAAAUGCCUGGAAUGUUUGUAAAGCUUAUGUCAAUUUCACGAGCUCAGAAGAAGAAAGAGCGGCGACAAUGAGGGGUCACCCUGGUGAGAAUAAUGUCAUUACAUGUUACCCAGACGCGUACACGCCCGUCCCUAAAUGCUUUCUGUUCAAUGCUGCAGGGCGAGCCCAGGCUUUUUCCCAGAAUCAGCCUUCAUAUUUAUUACCUCCCCUUUAAAAUUCAUUUAAAGAGUGAAUGGAGCCCCCCAGUGACUUUAAUGGCACAAUUUAUAACUGACUUAAAAGCUUAAGGAAAACUUUAAAUAAGUUUCAUCUAAAAUUGAACUAGUCAUGGGGAAUUACA